UAAUUUAUUGUGUUUCUAUUUUUAACACAAAAAUUUAAGAAUGUUUGGUGACGUUCCAAGACCCAAAAAAUCACCCAAUCGCAAGAAGAUAUAUGUGAGGGAUUUGCAUUGUGCCGGAGUUAUUCCCGGGCAAUUCCAGCAUAUCGCAAGAGCGGCAAACUCCAACCAGCAUGUCAGACUGCAGGAGUACAAGCUCAAAAAGGACUCGCUACUCGACGCCAGGCUCAAAGAGGAGGAACUCAGACUCCUGCACAACAAGCACAUGGCGGCCACGGAGAAAAGCGGCCGCAACAUGAUCCUACGCAAGAGAAUCGAAGACAAGCUGCACAAAAAGUUCACGGACUACGAAAAAAGUGUGGAGGCCCGUCGUGCCAAACUCGCCGACCUGUUGGCCAAGGAGGAGCGGCAGUACUACCGCGAAACCGUCGACCAGGCCCAGAAGGGCGACGACAAAAAGCUGGAGGGACUGAUACGCCGCGGUCAGGAAAUCAAGGCGCGCAGGGAGGCCGAACGACUGCAGUUCGCCGAAGAGAAACGGCUGCAGCAAUAUGGCAUGCGUUCAGAAGAUUUACGUUUAUACUACGGUAAAAAACUGUUGAUGGACUCGAAGGAGGCACAGUUGAUACAGAUGAAAGAACAAGAAAUGAAGAAGAAUCGUGAAAAAGAAUUAGAUGAGAUGUGGCACCAGGUCACACUAAAGGAAGUGAGGGAAAAGGCAAUACGGGACGAACAGCACUUAAUAAAACAGAGAAUGCAAAUGUAUGAUCUGAGGGAGACCUGGCAGAAGCAAAUCCAAGGCAAGAAAUUAGUGGAGGCAGAAAGAAUUAAAAUCAAGGAGGAGGACUACGAAGAACUGGAACGGAUGAAGGCCGAAAGGGAGGCAAUAGAAGAAUGCGAGAAGGAAAAACUGAAGAUUGCUAAGCUGAAGUUCAAGGAGGAACUGGAGAAACAGAUAGCCCAAAACAACGCAAUAGCCGAGACCACCAAAUUCAUCGAGGACACGUUCGACAAAGAGCUUCAGGAGUUGGUCAGGAGGGAGGUGGAAAAGGAGGCACAGACCCAGACCGACAACUCCGUUGUAAUGAGACGCGAGGCCAAGAUGUACAAGAAACACUUGGAGGAUCUGAAGCAGCAGAAGCAGCAGGAAGAAGACAUGCUCAACGAAAUGUUGAAGAACUAUCAGAACGAAAUCGACGAGAAAACUAGGCAAGCGUAUUGCCAACAGUGGAAUGUUAAGGAAAAACAAAGACGAGAAGUGCUGAAAAUCAGGGCUGAACAGAUUGAAUUCAAGAAGAAGCAAGAGGAGGAGGAAAGGAAACGUCUGCAGGAAGAACACGAAACGGUCCAGAAGAUCUUCGAGAUGAACGACUGUCUGGAGCGGGACUUCCUGCGGCGUGAACACGAGAAGAAGAAGGCCUACAGAGAAGAUCUUCGCAAACAAAUCGAAUACAACAGGGUAUUGAAGGAAAGGGAAGCCGAAGAAGUGGACCGAUCCUUCAAAAAAUGCGCCGACGAGGAGGCGUACUUCCAGAAGAAGCUUGAGGAAGCCAUUAAUUAUAACGUGAAGGAUGAAGGAAGAAUGAAGCACCGUUUCGAAAUAGUUUUGGACAGACAGUCGAAACCGCCUUGCAUUUUGCCUUGCUGUCCGUGUCCUGAUCCUGAAGACCUGCCUGAAAAAGAAUAGAAAUGAAAAUCUGGCCCAGAUUGACGACAGUGCAAAAUUUUUGGUAACUGCUAUUUACACUUUUAUCAUCAUCUUAAUUAUACAAUUAUUAUAUAUAAAAUCAUCAAAUUUUAUGUAAUCAAUUUACUUUAUGUGCUUUGUAUGCCAAUGUUUUAUGAAAUAUAUUUUUAAUUUACUGCC